AGGAGAAAGUACUCAUUCGGUAAGCAUUCCCUUUCCAGACCGAUACCUUAUCUAAGGAAUAUUCAGGCAUAUUUUGGAGUCAUUAAUUUACAACAGAUUCACGACCAGAAAAAGUCGAUCCUCAUUUAGCGGAUGAGCAGUCGUGCUUGAUCAACAGAGACGAGCCAGCAAUUCCAUCAUACAUAAAUCUAUGUGAAACAAAAUAAGUACAACUAGCAGUCAUAAACAAAAAUGAGGAAGAAGAUCAGCAAGAUGCCAGCCAAAUCAAAGAAUAUCGGACGCAGUGCAUUAUUUGUAUGCGCCGCGAUUGUGGGAAGCCGAGGAGCAAGCAUAUUUUCGGAUGGUGUCGUAGUCCACAAGCACAACAUUGGUUCUCCCACGAGCGAUAAAUCUCCAGAGGAGGAAGGUGCGCACAUCACACCUGCGGCAGAAGACAUGAAAGAGAAUUCGUCGGAGAAAGCGGAAAACGCUCCUGAGGUGGAAGCCGACGCCGUCACGAGCAAGGGGCUACUGUUGAGACUCGAUACUCCGGACAAUUAUCAGGAUGCGACUCCCAGCACCUCGGCGAGUAGCAGCACUCUCGUAGCUGCGCCAUCCACUUCCGUUUCAUCUUUCUCGUCGAAAAAAAGAGGAUCGCUUCUUUCGGGAGGAUCCUCGUGUUCUCCUCCGACCCGCGGCGGCACCAGGUUCAGACACCGCCCAACCUCUUCUGAUGUGGAAGCUGCUGCAGUGGACGCCUCGGCUUCAUCGGUUCCUUCUGAACAGGACACGGAUGAGACUGACGACGCACUAGCGAAGGAAGUAGAGCAGCUGACACUGAAGGAUACAGAAGUAGAGCUGCGAAGAGAAAUAGAGAGGGAACGCCUUGAAC